CGUAAGCUACGACCCGCACCACGUGCUCCGUUCACUCCCCGCCUACAAUGUAAACUACCGACCACGUGACGACACCCGGAAGUAUUACAGAGUGAAGUCUGCGCAGUCUGAAACAAAUCAUCGACUAAAAUCGUGUUAUUAGUCGCUAUAUCGAACACGUACAGUGGGGAUUAGAGACGACAAAAUGAGCCAGGAAUGUGUCAAAAGGCUACAAACUGCAACAAGAGCAAAGCUCAGAAAAUUUAAUUUGCUACGGGGUCGAGAGAUGCGGCCUGGUCAGUUUUGGGAUGUGGUGGUUGUGACUGCAGCGGAUGGGAACCAGAGAGAAGCAUAUGAGCUGCAGAUCAGUGAGAAAGUUGACAGAAAAGAGCUGCCCCGUGGGAUCCACUACAAGGUCUUCUCAGAUCCUCCUGGAUCUAAAAUAGGGAAUGGGGGCUCCACGCUGUACGCACUGCAGUGGCUGAGGGACCACUAUGGGAAGGAUCUUUGCAGACUGAGAGUCAUCCUGAUCCAUGCAGAUGAGUGGAAGAAGAAGGUUGGCGAGUCAUACUCUGUGAUCGUCGAGAGGUUGGAAGACGACCUUAAGCUCAAAGAUAGUGAGCUUGCGGAUCUUAAACUUGCCUUCAGCUCUGAUGAGGCUUUUCAGAAGGUGAACUACUGCUAUCGAACAGAGAAGGGGCUGUCGCUGCUGCAUCUCUGCUGCGUGUGUGGAGGGACCAAGGCCCAUAUUCGCACCAUGAUGCUCAAAGGCCUGCGUCCUUCCAGACUGUCCAGGAAUGGAUUCACUGCUCUCCACCUGGCUGCUUACAAGGACAACGCUGAGCUUGUGACGGCCCUUCUUCAUGGAGGGUCAGAUGUCCAGCAGGUGGGAUAUGGUGCCCUAACUGCUCUGCAUGUUGCUACACUGGCUGGGCACCAUGAGGCAGCAGAUAUACUCCUACAGCAUGGGGCUUAUGUGAAUGUCCAGGAUGCAUUGUUUUACACCCCCCUGCAUAUUGCUUGCUACAAUGGUCAUGAGCAGGUGGCAAAGCUGCUGCUAAAGUUUGGAGCGGAUGUGAAUGUGAGUGGCGAGGUGGGUGAUCGACCGCUGCACCUGGCUGCAGCCAAGGGCUUCCUUGGCAUCGUCAAACUGCUGAUGGGGGAAGGGAGCAAAGCUAAUGUAAAUGACCAGGACAAUGAAGAUCAUGUUCCUCUCCACUUCUGUGCGCGCUUUGGUCACCAUAAGAUUGUGCAUUUCCUCCUGCAGGGCAACUUUGACGCACAGCCUCACUCCGUCAAUAUCUACGGGGACACGCCACUACACCUGGCUUGUUACAAUGGCAAAUUUGCAGCAGUGAAGGAGAUUAUACAGCUUGCCGGCACAGAAAGUCUUUCAAAGGAGAACAUAUUCAGCGAGACAGCACUUCACAGUGCGUGCACCUAUGGUAAAGACCUGGAGCUGGUCAAGUUCUUGUUGAGCCAGAAUGCUAUGAGCAUCAACCAUCAGGGCAGAGAUGGCCAUACAGGUCUACACAGUGCCUGUUUCCAUGGUCACAUCCGCCUGGUGCAGUUCUUGCUGGACAGUGGUGCAGACAUGAACCUGGUUGCCUGUGACCCGAGCAGGUCCAGCGGGGAGAAGGAUGAGCAAACCUGCCUCAUGUGGGCCUAUGAGAAAGGUCAUGAUGCCAUCGUCACCUUAUUGAAACACUACAAACGUCCAGAUGACUCCCCCUGCAACGAGUACUCCCAGCCAGGAGGCGAUGGCUCCUAUGUUUCUGUCCCGUCUCCUCUGGGAAAGAUCAAAAGCAUGACUAAAGAGAAAGCAGAGGUUCUCCUGCUCAGGGCGAGUCUCCCAUCUCAUUUUCACCUUCAGCUGUCUGAGCUGGAGUUUAAUGAAAUUAUUGGUUCAGGCUCCUUUGGAAGAGUCUAUAAAGGCAAAUGCCGAAACAAAAUUGUUGCCAUAAAACGCUAUCGAGCCAACACGUACUGCUCAAAGUCAGAUGUGGACAUGUUCUGCAGAGAAGUUUCCAUCCUCUGUCGCCUCAAUCACCCAUGUAUCAUCCACUUUGUUGGGGCGUGCCUGGAUGACCCCAGCCAGUUUGCCAUCGUCACCCAGUAUGUCUCUGGAGGCUCGCUGUUCUCCCUGCUGCAUGAGCAGAAGAGGCUUAUCGACCUGCAGUCCAAGCUCAUCAUUGCCAUCGAUGUGGCCAAGGGCAUGGAGUACCUGCACAACCUCACCCAGCCUAUCAUCCACAGGGACCUCAACAGUCACAAUAUUCUGCUGUAUGAGGAUGGACAUGCUGUGGUGGCUGACUUUGGAGAAUCCAGGUUUCUUCAGUCUGUGGAUGAAGAUAACAUGACCAAGCAACCCGGGAACCUGCGCUGGAUGGCUCCGGAGGUGUUCACCCAGUGCACUCGCUAUUCAGUGAAGGCAGAUAUAUUCAGCUACGCCCUCUGCUUGUGGGAGCUGCUGACUGGGGAAAUUCCCUUCGCCCACUUAAAACCCGCUGCUGCAGCAGCAGACAUGGCCUACCACCAUGUCCGGCCUCCAAUUGGUAACUCCAUCCCCAAACCCAUCUCUGCACUUCUGAUGAGAGGCUGGAACGCCUGCCCAGAGGACAGGCCUGAGUUCUCUGAAGUGGUUUCCAACCUGGAGGAAUGCUUGUGCAAUGUUGAGCUGAUGUCUCCAGCUUCCAGUAACAGCAGCGGCUCCCUGUCACCCUCCUCCUCCUCUGACUGUCUGCUCGGACGAGGAGGGCCUGGCCGGAGCCACGUGGCUGCCCUUCGCUCUCGUUUUGAGCUUGAGUAUGCUCUCAACACUCGUGCCUACGCCUUCUGGACUCAGAGCGAGCGGCGUCGAGCAUCUGGAGGCCUUUCACUGGAGGAGCUAAGAAGGAGCAUGCAGUUCUCUCCUAUCGAUCGAAACGGGUAUGUGUCUGAUCCCAUGAGCACCAUGAGAUUCUGCUCCUCUUUCAGCAGCAGCGGCAGCUUUGAGGACAGUAACUAAACCUGGUGGAGCUCCCAACAUCUCCAGACCUUAUUAGUUCAGACAUUCAUUGUAUUUGUGUGAAUUCACUUUGGGUGAAACUGUGUGAACAUGUGGUAGAAGUAGUAGUUGUUGCUAAUUAGGUAAGUUUAGUCCUGUGUUAUAUUAGGUUUAUCUGAUACAUACAAUAUGUACAAAUUGCUUAUUACGUUGAGGUCACCUGAUCCUGUAAAUAUGUGUGACAAGAAUGUUUUUUUUUUUUGUGUGUACAUAGUUUGCAAAUGACUUGUAUACAAGCUUGGAGAACUACAGAAAUGUGUGCCAUGAUCUUGACAUUCAGUUUGUUUUUGUCAAGAAAAAAGCAGAAAGGCAUCAUCAGCCUUAUUUUUAUUUUAUAAAUGCCUAAAUCAUGCAAGUUUUCGGUCACUGACAGAUAUCAAAUAAAAAGGUGAAACCCCACAAACCCACACUAGCCAUAAAAAUAUGAUGAAAAGCCAAUACAAAUAAAUACUAUGCAUGAUUUUUCUGUUUGCUUUUUUGUUUUGUUUUGUUUUGUUUUUUUAAAGAGGUGGCGGUAGCAGCAAUAAUGACACAAAUCUGUGGCCAGACGUCACGUUUCACUACGCUGUUUUAGCAGCCUAUUAUUCGUUAACACAGACACAGUGAAGCUACAAAUCUCUGACCAAAACUGAAGUAACUUCAUGCUUGUUCCAAGUCAGUAGAGGGCUGACAUCUGCGAGGGCAAACCAGGCUGUGGGAGUCCGCUACCUCUAUGAAUUAUUCAGUCAUUUGUGAGUGUGAGUGGAAGUAUCUGUUUACAGGUGACAGCAGGUGGACGUGAUGCCUCACAAACGCUGUACCUCUUCGCCAACAAUACCGUAGGAAGAGGUGGUCUGUUGUAAACACUUUAUGAAUCAGCAAAGUUCAUUAUGCAGCUUCUUCUUUCUGAGGGUUAAAGGAAGAAAACUAUUUCAGAAGCCAUUCAAGCGUAACACAGAAACCACCACUAAACCCAUUUUCACCACUGCAAAUGCUGACCACCAUGUGAUUGUCUGAAAGCAUUUUUACUUAUUGAAAAAUAAUUCAUGAGC